AUGAUUAAAAUAUGGAGUAUGAAAAAGAACGAGGAUGCGGCUGCGAAAAAGAAGCCCAAGACGAGUGCUGCCCAGCUACGCGUUCAAAAAGAUAUCACAGAGCUGGACCUCCCCAAGACGAUGGAGCUCAAUUUUCCUAAUCCCGAGGAUACUCUAAACUUUACGCUGAGCAUCAAGCCCGAUGAAGGCAUGUACAAGGACGCCGAGUUCAAAUUCAGCUUCAGCAUUAAUACCAACUAUCCGCAUGAGCCUCCAAAGGUCAAGUGUAUACCCAAGAUCUACCAUCCAAACGUCGACUUGGAAGGAAACGUCUGUCUUAACAUCCUUCGAGAAGACUGGAAGCCUGUGUUGAACUUGAACUCGAUCAUGGUCGGGUUGCAGUAUUUGUUCUUGGAACCCAAUGCAGAUGAUCCUCUUAACAAGGAGGCUGCAGAGGAGUUACGCAAGAACCGAGACGCGUUUAUUGCCAAUGUGAAGCGUUCGAUGCAAGGACGAACGAUCAACGGAGUUACAUACGACACUGUCGCUAUAUAA